UAGUGCAGGUGAAAUUAAUGCGUGUGAAUGCUGAAUUUUAACGAACUUCAAAUAACAGCAUUGAAAUGCCAUCAAAAUAAUUGACCGCGCCAUGCUAAUUGCUAAUUGGUACGCUUUUGCUUUUAUUACAAUGAUUUUAUUAUGCUUUCACCCGGCGACUGAUUAGCACGGCGCCCGAUUGGACUCUUGGCCGGAUUAUGUAAGUGGCGACACUUUUGAUUUGUAUCUAAAUUGCAGCCAAAUCAUAAGCCUUCGGACCAUCUCCGCCGACGGCAGCCGAAAGUGAAAAGAGUCCGGCGAUAAAAACAGAAGACCCACGACACAAAAAGCAUGCGGAACAUGCAGGCCAUUGAAAGCAAAAGUUUUGUGCGUGCGCGGCAACGUGCUGCGCAUGCGUAGUGGAUUCCGUGGAUUCCGGCCAUUGGGACAGUGGAGCGGGCCGAGCAAGCAGCCUAAUGCAGUGGACAACUGAUGGGCACACCUCAGCUGAUGGGAUUCCACGUGGGUGAAAUCGAUUCUGGAGCGAAGGAGCACUAUUGCCCACUGGAGUAUAUACGACCUGCGGAACCACAGUGCGCGGUCAGGUGGCGAGGCGUAAUGAGGCGCUGGUCAGUGGGUGAGGAGGGGUCUUCGAGUGCGGCAGGUGAAAUGGCAGCGUAAAAGUCAUAAACUGCCCAAUCUGCAGGUGCCGUAUGCCAUGCCGAUGAGCCGCAGACUGUGGUGCAUUGCUAGCACUGUAGUGCCACCGUUGUGGGGCGAUUGGUAUGCACAGUGGGUGCGCACCGACCACGAUGGCCACUCCACUGUGCCGCGAUGUCCGCUUUAUAAAUACAACAGCGACCAAGGAAGUUCAUUUCAUUUUCUCGGCGGCGACCGCAGCAAACGGAUUAAACGCGCGGCGACACACCAGAUAGUGCCAGAAUAUACAAGGAAACAGGUCCACAUAACCGAAAUGAAUCUCUUGGCCAGUUCGAGGAGCCUCCAUCUACUGAUGGUCUUGGCGGUGCUCUUGGUUUCCCAUCGAGCCGAGGCGGGCUUACGUUUGCGCCACACCAGCCGAUCGGUCACGCCCCCCGCCAGCACUGCGCCCACUUUGACAGUGGACUCCGAGGAGGCGCCGCCGCAGGAAUCCGAGUCGGUGGCGGAAAGUGGCCCCACGACGAGCGUGGUCACCGAGCCGGAGACGGAUGUGGAGGUCACGACCGGAAAGCAUAAGCGUGGCAUUCUACACGGCCACGCCCACCUGCACGGCCAAUGGCCCGCCCGCACCUAUGCCGCCCACUACGGCUACAGCCUGCAGCUGCCCGGCGGCAGUGCCUUCCUGGCCGCUGCUCCUCCGCGCCGCCACUUCGUCAAGUACGGCCAUGGUCUGGUCAAGCCGCUGGUUUCCGCUUCCGCUUCCGGCUUGCUGCCAGCCCUUGCACCCGCGCCCGCCGCCCUGCUGCCAGCCGUUGGCUCUGCCCUGCCCGUAGGAUUGCCCACUGGUCUGCCCGGCAGCGUGGCCAGCGCCAUUCCCGCCGGCGUGGCCACUGCCCUGUCCACUGGCGUGGCCACCGCUUUGUCCACUGGCGUGGCCCCGCCCUCGUACGUGCUGCGUCCCGGAAAUGCGGUCGUCUCCUCGUACAGCGUCAACUAUCCGCACCAGCAGCUGCAGAAGCCCGUGGUCUUCCAGUCCGCCGUGAAGCCGCUCCACUUCCAUGCUCCCGCCCAUGCCCAUGUGCACGCCGUGCAGCCAACCUAUGUGCAGGCCUAUGCUCCGACUGCUCCAGCUGUGCCCGUUCAGCCUGUGCAGCCAGUGCAGCCAGUUCAACAUCUCCAGCCAAUCCAACCCAUCCAGCCCAUUCAGCCGGUGCAACCGGUGACCACCACCCAUCACUUCCAGCCCAUACAGCCCGUACAGCCCCUGCAACCCGUACAACCCGUCCAACCUACAGUGGCCUUCGGUGUUCCGGCUACCCCAGCUGUGGAUCUGCCCGUGAUACCCCAGUUCCCACAAGCGCCGCAGUUCCCCGGAGUGCCCACCUUUAGCUUCCAGCCCGCUCAGCCGGCGGUGCCCGUCCAACCCGCUGUGCCCACCUUUAGCUUCCAGCCCGCCCAGCCAGCGGUGCCCGCGCAGCCCGCCCAACCCGCUGUGCCCGCCCAGCCGGCAGUUCCCGCUGCACCAGAAGCGCCAGAAGUGCCACAAGUUCCCGCCAUUCCUCAGAUUCCGGCCAUACCUCAGAUCCCACAAAUACCACAAUUUCCCGGCUUCCCUCAGUUCCCCGGCUUUCCCCAGAUUCCCCAGUUCCCACAGGCGCCAGCCAUUCCAUCGCCUCCCUCGGUCCCGGGUGUUCCAGCUGUGCCCACGGUGCCGGCGUUCCCCAGUCCACCCACCAGCCAAUUCUUUCCGGCUGCUCCACAGCCACCAUUGCCCCAGCAGCCGCCCACUUUUGGCCAGCCGGAGUCGCAGUUCCCAGGCGGAAUUGUGCCGCUACCGGGUUCCAUUCCCGUUCGGCCUGAAUCCGGCACGGGCAUAGCCUCGCCGCAGAUUCCCCACUCGCCGGAGCCGGAGACGCCGUCGGAGGUGCCACCACAGCGGCCGCCCGUCCACCAGACACCGCAGCAGCCCUGGAAGCCGGUGUUCUACAAUCCACCCACCGAAUCCGCGCCAGCGUCGCCCAAUCGCCCCCCCAUCACCCUGCUGCCGCCCUACGGCAGUUCGCCGGCUGAAGGUUACCUGCCACCCGUUGGAUCCCAGCCGUCGGCCCUGAGCGCCAGUAGCGGCGGGAUCGGCGGCCAGGGCGGCAUCUUCGACCAGCUGAGCGAUGCCGAGCUGGAGCACAUCUUCGCCCAGGCCAACUUGGCUCAGCAGCAGCAGGGCCACAACUACCACCACUACUGAGCUUAUCACUCACCUAGGGAUCUAUUCGAAUUUUUUUUGUUUUUUUUAAGCCUUCAUUUGUUCAUUGGUUCUUUACUUGUAUUGUAAAUUAUGUUGCUAUCAAAUAAGUUAUUUAUCGAAAAAAUAAUAUAUUAAUAAUAAAUAGUAUCUACCAAUAUCAAUGCC